UAACAUUUAUUUUCGUUACAAAGAUUUUAGAAAUUUUUGUAAGUAAUUACGACUCCGAAGUUUACCAAAAUGAAUGCACAUUUUCCCUAUCUCCUUCUCACGGUCAUCUUAUCAGUUUCAUUCAACGUUGAAGCACUCAGUCCUCACUACUACGACCAGUCAUGUCCACAAGCCGACCACAUUGUAACCAAUGCAGUCAAGAAAGCAAUGUCGAACGACAAAACUGUCCCUGCUGCACUCUUGAGGAUGCAUUUUCACGACUGCUUUGUUAGGGGAUGUGAUGCGUCGGUGCUUUUAGACUCGAAGGGAAAGAACAAAGCCGAGAAAGAUGGACCUCCUAACAUCUCACUCCAUGCGUUUUAUGUGAUUGACAAUGCAAAGAAGGCAUUAGAAGAGCAAUGUCCCGGUGUUGUCUCUUGUGCAGAUAUCCUUUCACUCGCUGCAAGAGAUGCAGUCGCUCUCUCAGGAGGGCCAACGUGGGAAGUUCCAAAAGGGAGAAAAGAUGGAAGAAUAUCAAAGGCAAUAGAAACAAGACAACUACCAGCUCCUACGUUCAACAUAUCUCAAUUGCAACAAAGCUUUGGCCAAAGAGGCCUCUCUAUGCACGAUCUUGUUGUUCUCUCGGGAGGACACACACUAGGAUUUGCCCACUGCUCAUCGUUCCAGAAUAGGAUCCACAACUUCAACUUACAAAAACAGGUCGACCCAACACUAAACCCAUCAUUCGCGGCCAGCUUGAACGUAAUUUGCCCUGCCCAUAACAAGGUGAAAAACGCUGGUGCGACCAUGGAUGCAACCACAACGUACUUCGACAAUGUUUACUACAAGAUGCUUAUGCAAGGCCAGUCACUCUUCUCAUCUGACCAAGCGCUUCUCACUACUCCAUCAAGUAAAAAACUCGUGGCCAAGUACGCGAGUUCCAUGGAAGAAUACGAGAGGGCUUUUGUGAAGUCCAUAAUCAAGAUGAGUAGUAUCAGUGGGAAUGGUAAAGAGGUCAGGCAUAACUGCAGGAGGGUUCGUUAGACUCUCAAUCUCAGCUUCCAACAGAAAAUUGCUACAUUUUAUGUCUUCAUUCCUUGUGAAUAGGCCGUUAAUGAUUAAGGCUGAACUUCUUGUAUCAGAACCACCAUUCUAUCGUGUGUGCUUGUGUCAGCAGUAAUUUUCAUUAAAUGCCCUUACGAACAACUGUUCUAUUCUUUUUUU